AUGAACGUGGAGGAUCUGCCAGAGGAGAUGCUGCAGCAGGUGUUUCUAGCACUGGGUCAGCCGUCCCACCUGCCCACGGUCGCCCUCGUGUGUAGGCGGGUUAGCGUGAGCGUUGACUACUCGGUCCAGCGGCUGUGGUGGGGCCACCACCCCAUCCGGCUCCACCGGCCUCUGCGUCAUCGUUGCCGCACGGCCCUGGCCUGCGGGCUCACCCACGACGUGGCGGCCCUCUUUGGCGACCACCUGAUUCACAUCCCUGCCCCCGUCCAGAUGACACACAGCCGAGUCGACUCCUACGAGCGUCCGCCGACGCCCUACUUCACGUGCCUGACCGGCGUCUACACGUGA